AUGAAUAAUGUUAGAAGUAAUGACAAUAUGCAAAAGUUCAAAGGCGUAGUGCCUCAGCAAAAUGGUCAUUGGGGCGCUCAAAUAUACGCAAACCACCAAAGAAUAUGGCUUGGAACCUUCAAAUCCGAACGAGAAGCAGCCACUUACGACAGCGCCACCAUUAAGCUCCGGAGCGGCGACCACCGGAACUUCCCUUGGAAUGAUCAAACUGUUCAAGAACCUUUUUUCCAAAGCCAUUACAGCACCGAAGCAGUCCUAAGCAUGAUCAGAGAUGGCACCUAUCCUUCCAAGUUUGCUUCUUUUCUCUUAAGCACCCGAACUCUAACCCUAACCCUAAAUGGGGACGAACAAAUAACAAGGGCCAGAAAUGACGGUGAGGAAAAAUUCUCCUGCACCCAACUUUUCCAGAAGGAACUUACACCAAGUGAUGUGGGCAAACUCAAUAGGCUCGUCAUCCCCAAGAAACAUGCGAAUAGAUAUUUCCCUUACGUUUCCGGCACGACAGAAGAAGCUGACAAUAAUGAUAAUGGUAAUAAUAAUUAUGGGACGACGAUGAUGGAUAUUAAUAGUGAUAUUGGGCUUGUGUUUUACGACAAGCUAAUGAGGUCGUGGAAAUUUAGGUACUGCUAUUGGAGAAGCAGCCAAAGCUUUGUGUUCACGAGGGGUUGGAACAGGUUUGUGAAAGACAAGAGAUUGAAGGCUAAGGAUGUUAUUGUAUUUUAUAAGUGUGAGCCUAUAAUUAUGGGGGUGAAGUUUCUAUUUGAUUGA